AUGUCCAAAGAAGAGAUACCAACCGGCACCACCGCCGCCUCGGGCCUCCGCCCCCUCCUCAUCGGCCCCAGCUCCGGUCCCGAACCUCCAUACCCGUACCGCAUGUCCGGCCCCGUGAUCUCCGGCUUCGGCCGCGGCUCCAAAGAACUCGGGAUUCCCACCGCCAACCUCCCCGUCGAUAACUCCCUCACCCCCUGGAUCUCCUCCAUCCCAUCGGGCGUUUACUUUGGUUGGGCGUCUCUUCUCUUACCCCCCAGCCACCCGAACUACAGCCCAGCCUCCAACACCAGCUGGAGCAUGUUUCCAAUGGUCAUGUCCAUAGGCUACAACCCGUUCUACAAAAACGACACCCGCUCCGCGGAAGUCCACGUGUUGCAUGAGUUCCAGGCAGACUUCUACGGCACAGACAUGCGCCUCCUCAUCAUGGGCUACAUCCGCGACGAAAAGGACUACAAGGGGCUCGACGACCUGGUCGAGGACAUCACCUUUGACUGUCGAGUCGCUCGACAGUCCCUCUCGAGACCAGGGUGGAGGGUCAAAGAAUUAGGGGAUGGGGGCCAGUUUGAGGGCGGUUGGCUGGUUGAGCAAGAAGAGAAGGCGAGUUUAUAA